AUGACGAACCUCGGCGGGAAGAUGAACAUGGAGGUCGCGCUCCAGGAUGGCGAUGUGGUAUGGGCGCGCAUGUCGUCGUACCCGUGGUGGCCGGCCAUGCUCUUCACGUCCUUCGAGGCGCUCGAGGCCCACAACUUGCCUCUGCCCAAGCUCAAGCCGCCGACGAGCAUGACGCCGAUCGUGUGCUUCCUCGACUCCUUCGAGUUUUCCAGCAUUGGCCGCAACAACAUCGUGGCCUUCGAUGCGUACAACCCCGACGAGCAGCUUCUCUUGGCCAAGCACCACAAACCCAAGCUGGCGCGUGCGAUCGCGAACGCGCAGUCGAUGCUCAACACGCGAAAAGGAUGGAGCUUCAAAGAGUACGAAGCCAUUCGCGAAGACAACGACGUGGACGAGGCCGUGGACGACCGAGCUCUCGAGAGCAAGCCAACAAAGAAGCAGCGUGUGGCCGCUGACGAGACUGGCGGCGCCGAGCCUUUGUCUGUCGCUCCAACGCCCAAGAGCGAGACCGUCGACGCGGCCGACGCUGCGAUGCCACCGCCAGCGCAACGCGUGAAGCGGGAGCGCCCUGCGCCAUCACGAAAACCGGCUGUGAAGAAGAAGAAGCUGCUCAGCGACGGCUCCGAGGUCGAGGUGCCAGCUUCGAGCCGCAAGGUGGGCAAGAAAGUCAUGUCGACCGACAAGAAGAUGACGGCUCGCGAAACGAGCACAAAAACGCAACGGACUCGAAGCCAGCCGCACCUCGAAGACGAGCCAGCAUCGUAGCUACUCACGCGAUGGCCAUCGAAGAAGAGACCAAGCCGCCUCCCAAGAAAGCAGCAUCAAAACCCACCGAGCCAAAAUCACCUCCGCGGCCGCGCGACAAGAAGACUGUCCGCCCCGUGUCGCCGCAGAGUCGAAGUCGAGGGCUACCUGCAGCAGCCAAAGAGACGCCUGGCGUGGUGUACACCCCCGUCGCAUUCGGGGCGCUGCUGCAGCCGCAGCCUCCUAUGAAGAAGGCGCCGCGCAAGAUUCUAC